AUGGCCUGCACAAUUAACUUCCGCUGCGUAGACGAAGGCUUCGGUGGCAAAACCUACAAGCGCAAGUGGAACCCCGAAGCCGCCGCCGACCACGAAGAUGCCGCCAUGGAAAUCAACGCAGCCUACCCACGUCCGGUGAAGCGAUCCGCGGUGUCCUCCUCUGACAAUCCGGACAAACAAGUCUUUGGCCGGUCGAGCUACGACGUCGUGAUUGCCGGGAAGGUCUCCGGGCGGAAGCAGAGGUCAUCGGCGGUUCAGGUGAGCCGGAAGGGGACGACAUUUGAGGAGAGGGAGAAGAACAAGUCGGUGAAGAAGGCGUACAAGGAGAGAAUGGCGGAGCUGAAGGGGGAGAUUAAGAGGAACAAGAAGGAGAAGAGAGCCUGA